GCGGCCGCAUGUUGCAGUAGUGCGUGAGAGGAAGCUGCCGCUCUCGCCUCCCCCCGCGGGCGGCGAUGGCGAACUACCUCGCGCAGUUCCAGACUAUCAAGUCCUCCUGCGACCGCAUCGUCGUCGCCGUUGAAGAUGUGAGUGACCUGUGGCUCAAUGUCAAAGAAAAUUUUGAGCAACGGUUGCCAGUGAAGAAGGCCUGCCUCAAUAACAAGGCGAGGAAUCCUGUUUUUGUGGAAAAUCUACCAGCUGAGUUUAUACAGACUACUGAUUCGAGGCUGCGUAGUCGAUAUCCACAAGAUCAAUACUUGUUUUGGUUCCGGGAACCAUAUGCCACUGUUGUUCUUGUCAGUUGCGAGGAUCUUGAUGAGUUCAAGACCAUUCUUAAGCCUCGUCUCAAAUUGAUUGUGCAAAAUGAUGAGAGAGAAUGGUUCAUUGUAUUUGUGUCUAAGGCCCAUCCUAGCAAUGACCAAGCAUGCAAGAUGGCGAAGAAAGUAUAUGCCAGGCUUGAGAGUGAUUUCAACACUAAAAAAAGAGAAAGAUGCUGCAAAUUUGAUCUCCAUGGACCUGAUGCAGAAUUCUGGGAUGACUUCGACUCGAAAAUGGUGGACUGCAUUAGAAACACAUUGGAUAGGCGGGUUCAGUUUUAUGAAGAGGAAAUCCGCAGGUUAAGUGAGCAGAGAUUCACUCCGAUAUGGAACUUCUGCAACUUUUUUAUUCUUAAGGAAAGCUUAGCUUUCAUGUUUGAGAUUACUAAUCUUCAUGAAGAUUCACUCCGUGAAUACGAUGAGCUUGAACUAUGCUACUCAGAAUCAGUUAAUUCUCCCGGGAAACAUCGAGAGUUUGGAGGAUUGGAUACUGGUGAUGAUCAAGCUGCAGUGCUAAAUCCAGGAUUCAAAGCAUUGACCCAAAUUGUUCAGGAUGAUGUGUUCAGAGAAUUUGAGUUUAGACAAUACAUAUUUGCUUGCCAGGCUAAGUUAUUAUUUAAGUUGCAUCGCCCAGUUGAGGUUGCUGCAAGAGGAUAUGCUUUUGUGGUUAGCUUUUCCAAGACACUAGCCUUACAGGAAAAUGGUCUGCCAUUUUGUUUUCGCGAAGUGUGGGUGAUAACUGCAUGCUUGGGUUUAAUAAAAGCAACAACCUCACACUAUGAUGGUACAGUUGUUGCUGUUGACUCAGAGAAGGAGUUUUGUCGUAUUCAGGGUGACCUCUAUUCUCUGUGCCGUAUUAAGUUUCUGAGGCUUGCUUAUUUGAUUGGCUAUGGGGUUGAGAUAGAAAAAAGUCCAGUCAACAGUGCAUCUUUAAGCAUGCUACCAUGGCCAAAGCCAGCUACAUGGCCUUCUAUUCCACCGGAUUCAUCAGCAGAAAUAAUGGCAAAGGAGAAGAUGAUUCUUCAAGCAAAAUCAAGAGAGAAAAUCUUCAAUAUUCACAGGAAACCACUUCCACUAGAACCUUCUUUACUUCUUCGUGAGGCUAAUAGGCGCAGGGCUUUUCUUUCUGUUGGGAAUAUAUCUGAAUUAUAUGAUUCAGGUGAUGGUUCAGGUUUGGAUGCAAAUUCGAAACAUUCACCCAACAAAUCUGCUUCCAACUACAUGAGUAGAACAAUGUCAGGGCCAGUGACAUCUGAGACUUCUCUGCCAGUUGAUCGGCCCAUGAGGUUGUCCGAAAUUCAUGUUGCAGCUGAGCAUGCACUGAAGCAGACAGUAUCUGAUCCUAAUUUUAUGACACCACUUGCAUCACUAGAAGAAUUUGAGAAAAGAUAUAUGGAGCUUACUAAAGGCGCAGCUGACAAUUAUCACCGCUCGUGGUGGAAAAGACAUGGGGUUGUGCUCGAUGGAGAGAUUGCAGCUCUGUUUUUUAAGCAUGGAAAUUAUGAAAUGGCUGCAAAAUCCUAUGAAAAAGUUUGUGCUCUCUAUUCUGCAGGGGGCUGGGAAGAGCUGCUGGCAGAUGUUCUUCCUGAUCUUGCGGAAUGCCAGAAGAUUCUCAAUGAUGAACCUGGUUAUUUGACUUCUUGCGUGAAGUUACUUUCUCUGGAGAGUGGCUUAUUUACUUCUAAAGAGCGGCAAGCUUUCCAGUCAGAGGUUGUUCGGCUUGCUCACAGUGAAAUGAAGCAUCCUGUGCCCCUUGAUGUCUCAUCACUUAUUACAUUUGCUGGAAAUCCUGCUCCACCACUAGAGUUAUGUGAUGGAGAUCCUGGUACACUAUCUAUAGCUGUUUGGAGUGCCUUCCCGGAUGACAUCACACUUGAGUCUCUUAGCUUAAGAUUGUCAGCUUCCUCUAGUGCGGAUGAAGGUCUUAAGGCGAUAAAGAGUUCAGAUGCUCGAGUUCUUGUGCCAGGUAGAAAUAUUAUCACCUUCGACAUUCCUCCUCAAAAGCCUGGUUCCUAUGUGUUGGGUGCUCUGACGGGUCAGAUUGGCAAGCUAUCAUUCAGAUCACAUGGAUUUUCUCAAGAUGGUCCAGUGGACACUGAUGAAGUCAUGAGCUUUGAAAAGCCAACAAGGCCUGUUUUGAAGGUGAGAAAACCAAGGGCUUUAGUUGAUAUUACUCCUGCUGUAUCCUCUGCGUUGCUUAUGAAUGAACUUCAGUGGAUUGGUUUGAUUGUCAAGCCAAUAGACUAUUCUUUAAAAGAUGGCAUAUUGCAUAUAGAUGCGGGUGCUGGACUGAAAAUUGAGGAGUCCCAAAUGAUUGAGAUAGAAACUUACAUAGGUGAUGUUGAGCAUGUUGGUUAUACUGAUGCUUCCAAGACAUCACCCAGCUUCACUGAUACUCGUAAGGUUGAGAAGGUCCGUAUUGAAGAUGGAAAGAUAAAAAUACCAGAUUGGGCUAGUGACGUGACCACUCUUGUAUGGUUUCCUGUUCGUGCUAUUGAUGAUACUAUCGCAAGGGGUGCAUCGCCAGCAUCCCCUCAGAAACAGAGCAUAGUAGAUGGGAUGAGAAUGAUCGCUCUCAAGCUUGAAUUUGGAGUUUUCCAUAAUCAAGUAUUUGAAAGGACUAUUGCAGUACAUUUCACUAACCCAUUCCAUGUAAGCACACGUGUAGUAGACAAGUGCAAUGAUGGAACUCUACUACUGCAGGUGAUAUUGCAUUCUGAAGUAAAGGCCACUCUGCAUGUAAAGGAUGUAUGGUUGGAUCUACAAUCCGGAUUUGAACACAUAGGAAAGGGAGAUGGACGACCAACUUCAAACUUGUUCCCUCUGGUUAUUGCUCCUUCUUCGAGAGCUGGAAUCUUAUUUGUAAUGCGUUUAAGUGGCACAGGAGAUAUAGAUGAGCUAGAAAAGGCAGACAGCAUGUUGAAUAUUAAGUAUGGAAUAUCCGGUGACAGAACAACUGGAGCACACUCUCCAGUUCCUGUUACACCUGAUGAUUCUGAGGAGCUGCUUUUCAAGAUUGCGGUGAAGCUGAAACGCCCUGUCCUGGAUCCAUGUCUAGCAGUUGGGUUCCUUCCCUUCUCUACAGACAGCCUGAGGGUUGGCCAGUUGGUCAAUAUGAAAUGGAGGGUUGAAAGGCUCAAGAACCCAGAGGAUGCCUCUCUGGUUGAUGAUGAAAUACUUUAUCAAGUCGACGCCAACCCACAGAACUGGAUGGUUGCUGGGAGGAAAUCUGGUCACGUAUCAUUGUCAAACACACAAGCAGGUUCAAGGAUAGAGAUCACGGUGACAUGCGUCCCACUGGUGUCCGGCUACGUCCAUCCACCGCAGCUGGGCCUGCCGGACGUCGGCGAGGCCAACAUCAGCUGCAAUCCUGCAGGCCCUCAUCUGGUGUGCGUCCUUCCGCCGGCACUCAGCACCUCGUACUGCAUACCGGCUUGACCCAUCCAUCUGCAGGCUGCAGCAGCACACAUCACACGGGUUUAUAUAGCAUUGUAUUAGGAGAGAACUGCCAUUUGCCACAGAUAGUCUGAUUGGAUCCUGGGAUGCAUCCUGUUUUGGCCGAGACAUUCUUUUGUGCAGAUGAGUUCUUUUGCAGGAACGAGUUCAAAUUUCACUGUUUCUUGUACCAUGUAUACAGAAUUCUCAUGUAUCAUCAUUGCAGAAUUCAGGUAUAUCGAGCGAUAGACUGAAUUUCAUCCUGAUA